AUAGCUCCUUUGGCAUUUACUUGAAGCACACUAAGGAAGAUUUCUGAAGAGCAAAUCAGCUCAGACCCCAGCUUUUCAGACCAGCAGGAAAGCAGGUCACCAUCAUGAGUGAGGUCAAUAAGAACCCUCUGGAGAAAAUCCUUCCACAACUGAAAUGCCAUUUCACAUGGAACUUAUUUAAUGAAGAAAGUGUCUCGCCUGAUCUGGAAGACAGAGUGUGUAACCAGAUUGAAUUUUUAAACACUGAGUUCAAAGCUACCAUGUACAACUUGCUGGCCUACAUAAAACACCUAGGUGGUCAAAACGAGGCAGCGCUGGAAUGCUUAAAGCAAGCUGAAGAGUUAACCCAGCAAGUGCAUGGUGACCAAGCAGAAAUCAGAAGUGUGGUCACCUGGGGAAACUACGCCUGGAUCUACUAUCACAUGGGCAGAUUCUCCGAAGCUCAGGCUUAUGUAGACAAGGUGAAACAAGUAUGCGAGAAGUUUUCAAAUCCUUACAGUAUUGAGUGUCCUGAACUUGACUCUGAAGAAGGGUGGACACUGCUGCAGUGUGGAGGAAAACAAAAUGAAAGGGCAAAGGUAUAUUUUGAGAAGGCUCUGGAAGAGAAACCCAACAAUCCAGAAUUCUCCUCUGGGCUGGCAAUCGCGUUGUACCGUCUAGAUGAGAAACCACAGAAGCAGUGCUCUGUCAGUGUUCUGAAGGAGGCUAUUGAGCUCAAUCCUGACAAUCAGUAUGUCAAAGUUCUCUUGGCCCUGAAAUUGCAAAAGAUAAAUAAACAAACUGAAGGGGAGCCAUUGGUGGUAGAGGCCCUGGAGAAAGCGCCUCGCCAAACAGAUGUCCUUUACAAUGCAGCCAAAUUUUACAAAAAAAAAGGUGAUAUAGACAAAGCUAUUGAACUGUUUCUAAAGGCGUUGGAAUCCAUGCCAAACAGUGCCUACAUCUAUCACCAGAUUGCAUGCUGCUAUAGGAAGAAAGCCAAACAAAUUCAGAGCACAGGGUACUCUGAAGCUUGUAAGAAUAGAGAGAAGCUUGAAGAACUAAACAAAUAUGCUAUGGGCUAUUUGAAUAAAGCUAUUGAGAAGGGACUAAAUCCUUUGUAUGCAUAUUCUGAUCCCACUGAGCUGGAAGCAGAAUGUUAUCAGACAGCUUUCUGUCAUAGGGAGCUCCCCGAUACUGAAAGGAAACAACUCCAUCAGUGCUAUUAUAACUUACAGGAGCAUGAUGGGGAGUCUGAAGACACUCCUGUCCAACAAUGUUUAAAGGGUUUGUCCAUAAGCACAAAAUCAACUGAGAAGGAAAAGAUGAAAUACCAACCACAGAACACAGCUGAAAAUCAGCUUCCACAAAAUGCACCAAAUUCUUGGUACCGCCAAGGAUUAAUUCACAAGAGGAAUGGAGAUCUGCUGGAAGCAGCCAAAUGUUUUGAGAAAGAACUAGGCUACCUGCUAAGGAACAGCCCUUCAGGCAUAAGCAGCUUUUUCCUGCCAACAUCAGAGCUUGAAGAAGUAGACCAGGGCACAGAUAGCUCUCCUCUCGGAUAGCUUCUCAAGCCCUGAGCUGAAAUGGAACAGAGAGGAGGAAGCCUGAAAGAGUGGUCAUGAGGGGGGAAGGGUGGGAAGGCAGGAGCUCCCCAAUCUGAACUUGCUGAACAAGGUAGUCUAGCUUAUUGCUUUAA